UUUUUGUAAGCCAGUUUCCUUUUUCCACCAUUCUAUUCCCUGUCCUUUUAACAUCACAAUCACUCGUCUUCCUAACAAAAAUCCUACUCAUAACUGAAAAUGGGUUGUUUCAGACCUCGUUCCAAGGCCCCCUACGCCAUGAAAACUUCUUCUUUUCCAUCACAACAAGAAAACCCAGCACCCAGAAACCUCAAGCAAGAGGUUUUACUCACAAUUCCAGGAUGCACAGUUCACCUCAUGGAUGAAGGAGAAGCCAUAGAACUUGGCAAGGGUGACUUCACUCUCAUCAAAAUCCUGGAUGAAAACGUUUCUCUGGCUACCAUCAUUCAAGUUGGCGAUGAUCUAAAGUGGCCUUUGACGAAAGAUGAGCCGGUGGUGAAGCUUGAUGUGUUUCACUACUUGUUCUCAUUGCCAAUGAAAGAUGGUGUGCCACUGAGCUAUGGAGUGACGUUUAUGGAGCAGUAUGGUGGCAGUUUGGGCUUGCUGGAUUCAUUCUUGCGUGAGCACUCUUGCUUUUCUAGCUCAGCCUCUACCAGGAAAAGUGGUGUUGACUGGAAGGAGUUUGCUCCCAGAAUUGAUGACUAUAAUAAUUUCUUGGCCAAGGCGAUUGCGGGAGGGACCGGACAGAUUAUUAAGGGGAUUUUCAAAUGCAGCAAUGCUUACACUAACCAGGUUCAGAAAGGGGGAGAAAUAAUUCUAACUUCUGCUUCAGAGGGGAGAAAAGGGGCCACAGCUAGAGAAAGUAGCAGUAGUAGCAGAAGCAAUGGGCCCAAAAACAAGAAUGGAGUCAACAAAAGCUUAAAACGUGUGAGAAAGCUGUCCAAGAUGACAGAAAAGUUAAGCAAAUCUAUGCUGGAUGUUGUCGGGGUGGCCACUGGAUCAGUGAUGACACCUUUGGUAAAAUCCCAAGCGGGCAAGGCAAUUUUAGCCUCAAUUCCAGGAGAGGUCAUCCUGGCUUCACUUGAUGCUGUCAACAAGGUUCUAGAUGCAGCUGAAGUUGCAGAAAAACAAGCUGCGUCUGCGGCCACCCAGGCUGCGACCAGGGCAGUCAGUGAGAGGUACGGUGAAAGUGCAGGGGAAGCGACUGCAGAUGUGCUGGCAGCUGCCGGGCAUUGUGCUUGCACUGCUUGGAAUGUUUUCAAGAUAAGAAAAGCCAUCAAUCCAGCAUCCUCAGUUUCCACAGGAGUACUCAAGAGUACAGAGCAAAUCAGAAGAAAUGGGCGAUACUGAGAGGAUUUCUUUAUUUCAAGUUAAAAACAAUGCCUCUAUGUUAUCAAGAUGUAUGCAUUCCAGAAAACAAACAAAAUGCAACCCACUUGUGUGUUGCAAAUUGAAGCAGUUCAUUUGCUAAGCAGAAAAUCCUUUACCGUAAUGGGCAAUUAAUUAAAAUAGUCAUA